AUGACGGAUUCGGACGUCGAAGCAUCUCUCAAUGAUGAUUUUCAAAAAUUUGCUCAGUUGGUCGCUGAGAGCGUGGUGGUGGCUCGGGAACGAUCGUGUCGGCCAAAAUCGCAGCCGAAGAUAUGGCCACCGGGUUUUGAUCAGUGCAGCAGUGAUUUUGAGCGAGUGUGUGCUUUGAUGCAAUUACCGUCGGUUAAGCGAUACUCCUUGUCACCAGCAAGUGAAAGUGAGUCCUGUCGAAAUGGAAUGAAAUCAGACAUAUUUGCACAUAACAGAUGGGUUCGUUCGUUGUUCGACUUCGUUGGAGACCUCGGCAAGCUCGAUGCGAAUACAAACCUCAUCUUUGGAGCAGAAACCGACGAAGGUCGAUCCAAAGGAUUCAGUCGCAGAGCAUUUGUGCUGGAAGAUUUAGGCGCCCAUGAAGCAGAGCUGGAUGAUAUAGAUCGUUACUUGGAGUGCGACCCACCAAUGAGUGCUCGAUGGGCUGCACUGGUUCGUCGUGGCAUCGCCCUGCGAAGACUAGGUCGGUUUGAUGAAGCACGGUCAGCAUUUCUACAAGCAAAAUAUUUCCCAACGUUCGGGAGUUCGGAUGAUGUUACUGCAAGUUCGAUAGACGAGAAUCUACAGAGAUGUGAUAAUCGGGAUUCCUCUGACCGACGCAAACAAUCUCCGUUGACAUUUAGUUCCAAACAGUCGACGGACGCUGAAGUCGCCACGACCAUCUCGUCUCUUGAUGACAACAUCGCGGAACAAGUGUACUGCAUAAAGCCAAACGAUCUGUGGGGGUGGCAUCUGGUGGCAAAGAGAGAUAUCGCUCCGGGAGAAUUGAUCGCCGCUGAGAAGCCGUAUGUUCACGUUCUGAACCCAGGCAAGGAGCUGCAACAUUGCUAUCAUUGCUGUAAACGCUGCAUCAAUUUGAUUCCAUGUCGAGGCUGUGCCGAGGUGAGUGGCCAUACACUAUCGUUGUUCACGUGA